CCGCAGUGUCACCAGCAACACCCGUUCUUUUUACUCUGCCUCUUUCAACCUUUUUUCUUUUCUUUCCGCCAUUUCCGUGAGUGGACUUUCUGCACAGAGAGGUGAGUGUUGAAUAUGUACACAGUUUUUUUUAAAUUGCCUCUAUCUAGGAAGUGCCUUGAAUUCUUUGGAACUGAAGCAGGAAGAUAAGGAAGAAGGUGGGGUGAAAAUUGUAGAAGUUGAACUAACAUAGGAGAAACUUGAGCACGUGUAAGAUGUCAGUCUCAUUUUCAGCCUGAGCUUAGAUCUUUCAGUCCCGGGCAGAUAAAAAAGUUUUAUUAGGUUACUGCAGUUUCCUUGGCUAGUUGCAAGAACAUUUGUGACUGUUCCUGCUGCGACAAGAUAAUGACCCAGAACUGUAUCGUUCCUUUGUUUCCUGAUGACAGAGAAAUUUCUAAACAAAUUAUUUUUUAAAAAGUCAGGCCUUCUGUUGUCACACAAGAACGAUAAGCUUCCUUACCCAGACAACUGUAUUGUAGUUUGAAUGCACAUUUUGUGCACGGCGUGUGUUUCAUGAUCGGAGAUUGCUAGAAGAGACUCUGUUCCGGGCAGAAUUUUCCACAUGGGUGUGGAUCACCCACUCAGCUUUCUUUAUGCAGUUAAUCAAAUGACUAAUGCUUGCUCCAGCUAAGAGAAUGCUAGAAACAACCUUCGCUUUCAGCCUGGCUGGGUUUACUGCCUUCCGAUGUGACUCUAUAAAUAGGACGCUGCAAAUAAAUAGCCCAUGUGAUGAUCUCACAUUGUUCAACCAAAUAGAUGUAAUAUAAAGCUUGAGAGGGUGAGCAUAGGAAGCUGGCAAUUGGUCCAUCUAGGUCAGUAUGGUCUACACUGACUGGUAAAGACACCCCAGGAUUUCGGAGAGGGCUUUCUUCCAGCCCUACCUGGAGAUGUUUUGAAUGCAAAGCAGCCACUCUGUUGCUGAGCUGUGGUCCUCGCCCCCCUUGAGGUAGAGGGCAGAGGAGAGGAGGAUUCCUGGGCGUGCACCAACGGGGCAUGUCCCAUAUGCCUAGAGUUCCCUUCCCUCUUAUCUUUGCUCUUUCCCAAAGAGCUGCUAUCACGGGGAGAGGUAGCUGGUGGGAGUCUGAGGCUGAGUGGGACCCAUGGAUUUUUGGUUGUGUGAGUGUAUGGGGGGUGGUGGUUGAAGGAGCUGGGUAUCUUAGCCUGGAAAAGAGGAGAUGUGAUAGCCAUCUUCAGAUUUCUCAAGGGCUGCCGCACGGAAGAGGGAACAAGCUUGUUUUCUCCUGCUCUGGAGGGUAGGAUUCGAAGCAAUGGCUUCAAGUUACAAGAAAGGAGAUUCCGAAUAAACAACAGGAAGAACUUUCUGACAGUCAGAGCUGUUUGACAGUGGAACGGUCUCCCUCCCUUGGGAGGUUGUGGACUCUCCUUCCUUGGAGGUUUUUAAGCAGAGGUUGAAUUGCCAUCUGUCAUGGAUGUCUUAGCUGAGGUUCCUGCAUUGCAGGGGAACUGGACUCGACCCUUUUUGGGGUGCCUUUCAACUCUAAGAUUCUAUGAUUCUGUGUCUCUGAAUUUGAACUUCAGUCACAAGAGAGGGGGGAGAAUAACUGCUUUCCUCUUCAACUUUUAUUCUCCUUUACUUUUAAAAAUGUAUCCCUACCCCAUACAGAACUCAAAACUAAUCUUCUACAGGAACUGCAUAGCUGGGCUGCUGCUUUGUAUAGCUAAAAGCUGGCAGCAGAGCAGCCUUUUGCCAGUGUGCUGCUUUGGAAUGCAUCUCCCAUAAGCUUGAUGGGAGUCAUCAUCUAACAGCAUCUAAAAGCCGCCGGGUUGGCAAAAGUUGUGAUGCAGACGUAGACAGCCACCCACCCCCAGAUUCGGGUCCUCUUUACAUCACGAACUUAUUUCUCAACCCAAGAGUCUGUCUGAAAACCUUCACAAAAGGUCUGCUAGAUCUUCCACCUUGAUAUAGUUGGGUUAAGAGAUGGAGUGAGUCACCAAGAGUGCUUGCACAUGUUCUACCCCACCCUGUCACAGCAUCCAACAAGUGGCAGCCAAAACUGUGCCUGUGUCCCUAUGUGCUUCACCAGCCAUUUGUGGGUUUUCUGAAGGCAAAAUUAUCCUAUUCUCCUUGUUUUCAAGAAGCUCCAGAAAUUGUUCAGUUCAGUUACAGUUGAUAGCACUAUGAACAUUUAGGACUCUGAUGCCAAGGCAUGGGCUUGAUGUAGCAGCUUUGCUAAAACUUAUCUGGAUCUAGCCUUUUUCUGGAUGGGAGACCACCAGAGAACCUCAUGUAUGCUGCUCUGAGCUUUGUUCAUGGAUGAAAAGCAGGGUAUAAGUCCAGGAGCGCUGCCAGAACAUAAGAACAGCCAUGUUGGAUCAGACCAAAGAACCACCUAGUCUAGCACCAUUGUCAUCACAGUGGCCACCAGAUGCCUAUGAGAAGCCCACAAAUAGGACCGAGAUGUCAGGGACUGGGCGGAGGAGGAAUGGUGGAGACCACCUCCCCAUCCUGACCCUACCAGGGAGGAGGAAGAGGAAGACAGUAUAGAUUUACAACAGGAAUUUGCAGGAGGUCACAGCUCAGAGGUAGAUGAGGGGGAAAGUUGGGAAAUUAUGGGAGAGGAUGUAGGCAAAGCUGGAGCAGCAGCUGGCUGACACGUUGUCAUUAGAAAGCACUCCAGACCCACCAUCUCCCAGAACCCGGCGAGCCUUAAAAGUAGGAGAGCAAAGAGCUUGAAGGCAGAGGUCACUUAGCAGCAUCCGUAGAGGAGGUGAUGAGGAUGAUGAAUGAGGAAGUGAGAGAGAUGGGGGGGGGUGGAGAGUCACUCAAGACAAUGCCAUUAUCCAAGAGGCUGGGUUCUAUAGCCUCUCUCUGUAAAGUUUGAAAUAAAAAAGGACUGUAAGAAACUUUUCCUUGUCUUUAUACUUUCCUGGGCAACCAUCCGGGAGCCACUGACAGCAUCCUGAGAUGAGUAAAACACGACUCUCCACACCUGCAAUUCCCAGUAACUAGUAUUUAAAGGCCUCCAAAAGCAAGGGGAGAACUUUUUCUUCUCUUCUUUGGCAUCACUCAUAGUUGAGUAAGAUUGUCUUCCAUGAACACAGUCUUAACAGUAGGUCUGUAAGUGACUGUGGAGGACAAUUCUGGAUCAACACGUCCUUCCACAGUGGGGACAUAGGUUUCCAGAUAAGAGUUGAUCGUGGUGAGGGUUUGCCAAAUGUGCCUUCCUCUUAGCAUGUUUCUCCCUUUCGUCCUGAUUUCGAGCGUCUUCAAGGUCCAUGAUAUCUGUGGUAAAGGCUGUUCUCCAGUUGGAGCACUGGCAGUGUUUCCCAGUUGUCGGCGUUUAUACUACUUUUUAAAGAUUUGCCUUGAGAGAGUCUUUAAACCUCUUUUGUUGACCACCAGCAUUAUGCUUUCCAUUUUUAAGUUUGGAAUAGAGUAGUUGCUUUGGAAGACGAUAAUCAGGCAUCUGAACAACAUGACCAGUCCAACAAAGUUGAUGUUGAAGAAUCAAUUCUUCGACACUGGUGAUCAUUGCUUCUUCCAGUACACUGACAUUAGUUUGCCUGUCUUCCCAAGUGAUAUGUAAUCCCCCCCCUCCCGGAGACACCAUUGAUGGAAUCUUUUGAGUUGGAGAUGUCAUUUAUAAGUGGUCCACGUUCACAAGCAUACAGUAAGGUUGAUAGUACAAUAGCUUUGUAAGCAAGCAUUUUGGUUUCCCUGUGAAUGUUCUAGUCCUCAAACACUCUGCACUUCAAUUGGGAGAAAGCUGCAUUCACAGAGCUCAGUCGAUGCUGGAUUUUGGCGUCAAUGUCAGCCCUUGUGGAAACAUAACUGCCCAGGUAGGUGAAGUGAUUGACACUUUCCAACAUUACACCACUGAGUUGGAUCGGUGGUGCUGCAGAGUGGUUGUUUUGUGCUUUUUGGUAUAGCACUUUGGUUUUUUGGAUGUUGAGUGAUAGACCAAGCUUUCUGUAAGCUUCUGCAAAGAUACUUAGGAUGGUUUGGAGGUCAUCCUCUGAGUGUGCACACACUACAUUGUCAUCAGCAUACUGAACCUCUAUGAUGGAAGUUAUGGUAACCUUGCUCUGCUUUCAAAGAGUGCUGCCUUCUCCAGAGUCUUUUGAGGUCUAAGACUUGUGCCCAGUAGUAAGGGCCUAAUAGUGUCACUAUAUGAGUAUAAUGAAUGCAUUUAAAUGCAAGGUGUUCAUAUUUUCUCAUGGCCUAUGCUGGCAAGAUCACAUGAGAAUCCCAGGACCGCACAGGAGAAGGCUGUGGUGUGACUCCUUUCCAAGCCAGUGUAAACCUUUUAAAAAAUUUGGUUGAUGCUGGCAUGGGAAGGGGGGCGGGGAAAGCCACAGGGUUCCUGCAUACGGUCCAGAGCUUUUAACAUUGCCUUGGUAAAAACAAAGGAAGGGUGCUGAGGCAGAUCUACAGUAAAGAGUGCUGGGAGUGUUGGGUGGAGGGUAUUGUACAAUUUGGAACCCAUCAAGGCAAGACCAGCCCACCAGCCAUAUGAAGGACUUAAUAAACCUCUUGCUUUGGUCACUGCCUUCCCGGGGUUGCAAAAAGAGACAGGUUGCCAUAGCACCAGGCAAUCCACAGUGUGUACCUUGUAGGCUGUGCUCAGCUUUCUGACUUGCAAAUGGCGGAGGCCUGCCUCACAUCUGUGUUUGAUAUGAAAGCUGCAAGUCACUGGUUCUCUAUCUCUGUCUCUGCAACUGUUACAGGAAAUGGUAUUAAGUAGAUGGUGUUUACUUUGGAGUGUUAAGGAAAUUCUGUCUCUGUCCCUUUGUGGCUGCUGUGACAUUAAGGUUAUAGCAUUUUCCAGCUAUAAAUCCCUGCCCCCCAUUUGUUCUGAUUGUCAAAUAAUUUUAAAUCCAAACAUUUCCCAGAAAAUGGAUUGGAAUCCUUCUGUCACCCUCAGUGUGGUUUAGUGGUCGGAGUGUCAGACUAGAUACUUCCCACUCAGCCAUCAAUCCACUCAGCCCAAAGCAACUGGAUCUGGCUAUUGGGUGAGUUAUUUACCUCACCCAACUGCCUUGGGCCUUUCUGACCAGUGGGCACAGUUGCCCAUCUAUCAAUAACCUGAUGACACCAUGUUGUCAAGUGAAGGAUUUUCCUUUGCCUAUGUUAGGGGUGCCCAAACUUUUUUCAAAGAGGGCCAGAUUUGAUGAAGUGAACAUGUGUGAGGGCUGACCUUUUUUUUACAAUUUUACCCAAAGUUGUUGAGCUUUUCUUAGGAUUGAACUUGAUGAGCUUUUUUGAGGAUUUGACCCCAAUAAGUAAACUGCCACAGGGGCUGGGUUAGGCCCCCAAAAUGGACUUUGGACAUGCCUAGCCUAUGUAGUUUUAAAUCAAACCACAUGGACAACAACUGAGAGGUUUGCUUGGGGUGCAACCCUUUGACAGUUAAGGUUGAUAUUAUCAUGCACUACAACUCCCAAUAUCCCUGACCAUUGGCUAUGCUGAUUGGGGAUGAUGGGAAUCGGAGCUCAAUAACAUCAGGAAUGCCACAGGUUCCCCGCCCUUGCCACAAUAUGACCUAAUCGCAUAUUGAGAUGUGAUGCAACAGAUAUAUGCCACAUUUAUCUUGCCACAUACUACAGUCCAACCGACCACAUAUUACACACAAAUGGAGGAUGACUUGUUGCUUCCUAGCAUAAGGAAAACUCUUAAGCUGACUUUAAAAAGUUGAGAGCUCCCUAUCCUACUACCCGUGUUUUGUUCACCCAGGUAUUUGUAUAAAUAUGCACAUUUCCUUAUUUCAUUAAUCUUUUUAACAAUGCACGUUAACAACCCACGACGUCUUUGGAGGCAUCAUCAGUGCUUAAACAUGAACAAUCCGGAUUUCUUAAGAAAGCUCCAAACAGAAAGUUUAAUAAGGGUAAUGUCUCACUUCAAGGAUACCGCUAUGCCAUGGGCAAUUGGUUAGAUGCUGACUUAACAUUUCUCCUCCGUAGGGAAGAAAGAAUGUGGUAUGAGCUUGUACAGCAGCAGUUUCCUCAACUCAUGUUUCAGUUUUUCCUUGACUCCACCCCGCCUGAGAUUUCCCAGCGCCUAAGAGCGGGUAGUGAUCGUCAGAUGUUGCUUCAUUGUGAAUCAAUAUUAAAAUUGCGCUUCUAGGUCUACUGCAGAGCGUCACUGUUCCCACGGCACAAGUCCUAGCCCUCCUCACACGGCUAUUUGCUUCCCAUGGGAAGGUUAAGGCUGGGCAAAUCUGGUGUACCAUUGGAACAAACUGGGCUUUUCUGAAUGUAGUUUUCUCCAGCUCUUUUCCUCCUGCUGUUGAUCACUCUCUGUUGGCUUCUGACACACUUCUUUGUCUCGUUGGAAAACUGUAUGGCUGAUUCAGAAGUACAAGUUGUUCCACCGGUGAGGCCUGUAACUCAGUGGUGUUCGCAGGAGAAGUCACUUAAGAAUAUUCCCCUGCAAAAAGCAGGCACUAUGUCAAAAUUUACCACAUCAGGGCAAAUACUUCCAGACCGACAUAGAGAUGGGUGAAUCUGUCAACUUUGGUUUCUCUCAGCUUCUCAUUUUUCCAAUCUUCUGUUGAGUCCUCCAGAUUUCUACAUCAGUUUGUAAAAACAACAACAACAGCCCAUGUUAUUAUGAAGAUUCAUCUGCAUUUGAGUGUAAUUUUUUCCUAAUAUAAAUGUUUAUAUGCAAUUAGCCUAAUAACACAAGCAAUUUUCCAUAAUACAAUACCAUUUUGUAUGUGAUUUUCCACUAAUAUUUGCAUUUUGAUGGACACUUUACCUCAUCAUAUUCAUUUCUGUACACAUCAAUUGGCUGCAGAGCGACACUGCAAAAUUUUGAGAAGUGCAGAUUCUGAAGGAUAGCUGCAUUUCGGUUCUUGUUUUGGAAACUCCAAUUUUGGUCCAGCUUCAAAUGAGCACUGAACAGAGGUCCCAACUUGUGAGCGAGACUGGGGGAAACGUCGUGUGUGUGAUGUCAUGUGUGACAUGAUAUCAUGGCAUUGGGAGGAGCUGGGUUGGGCCCCAAGGAGUUGACGCUCCUGGAACUGUACAAAAUUCCUUCUCCAUUCCUAGCCCAGCCCUCUUUCUAUCAUGGUAAGUUUCCAUGUGAGUCAUAAUUUCCACAAGGGAAUGCUUUCAAAUCACCUUGUCCUAGAUGGUGAUAUGGUAGAGUCACCACAUGAGUAAUGCACCACCUAUGAAAAUAGACACUAAGGAUACCAAGGAUGAGAUGGUUAAAGAAGUUAUGAUAAAGUGGGCUGUUGAUUUUGGCUAUAAUAUUGAAUAUGAUAAAUGGACUAAACUAUGGAACGAAGGGAUGAAAUUUACAGCAUGCUCAACCUGAAGAGAGAAUUUGGGAAAAAUGAUGUACCGGUGGUAUAUUACCCCGGUCAAAUUGGCCAAAAUGUAUAAAUUGAACAAUAAAACCUGUUGGAAAUGUAAAUUAAAAGAUGGGGAUCUCUACCACAUGUGGUGGGAUUGCGAAAAGAUGAAAAAGUUUUGGGACCUAAUAUAUAAUGAAUUGAAAAAACCUUUCAAGUACACAUUUCCGAAAAAACCGGAAAUCUUUUUAUUAGGGAUAAUAGGGAAGGAAGUAAAAAAGGAAGACCAUAAAUUAUUUCAAUAUGCUACUUCAGCAGCCAGAAUACUUGUGGCCCAAAAAUGGAAAUUACAGGAGACCCCAAUGAUAAUAGAAUGGCAGGCCAAAUUUUCUGAGUACACAGAAUUAGCUAAAAUGACAUAUAGAAUUCGAGACCAAAAAGGUACAAAGUUCGAAGAAGAGUGGGGUAAAUUUGUGGUAUAUAUAAGAAAUAACUAGAAGUUUAAAAACUACGGCAGGGUUAACAUAAAUCCUGUGAUGUGUAUAGAAGGUCAAUAAGAAUCUACAAGAGAAGAUAUGUUUUAAGAAAACCGACGCAGGGAAGGAAGGAAGUCGCGGUGUGAAGAUACGCAAUGUACCGUAUUUUUCGCCCUAUAGGACGCACUUUUUCCCCUCCCAAAAUGAAGGGGAAAUGUGUGUGCGUCCUAUGGGGUGAAUGCAGGCUUCAGGAAGCCAUCCGCAAGCCUUGGGAGCUCCGCAGGAGUUCCCGUCAGGCUCCCAAAGCUUGCGGAUAGCAGCCUGCAUCCCGAAGCCUGGGGCGUGCUGCACAGCGCACCCCGGGCUUCGUGCAGAUAUCGGGCAGCCCCACAAGCUCGGGGGACAGCGGGGAGGCGGAGCGCCGCCAUCCCGCUAUUCCCCGACCUGGUUUGGAGGCUGGCGGUGGGGAGAAGCCAGCCCCACAAGCUCGGGGGACAGAUAUCCGCAAGCCUGAGGAGACCGGCGCGACUUCCCGCCGGGCUCCCUAGGCUUGUGGAUAGCAGCCUGUUCUGGGGGCUGGGGUCGGGGGAAGCUCGGGCAUCCCCCGCCCCAGCCCCGCGCCUGGGGAAAAAAUAAAUUUCCCCCCUUUAUUUCUCCCCAAAAAACUAGGUGCGUCCUAUGGGGCGAAAAAUACGGUAAAUAAGAUGACACAAAAUGUUGAUUGUAAAAGAUUGUUUUAUUUGUUGUUUGUGGAAAAAUUAAUAAAAAAGCAUUAAAAAAAGAAAAUAGACGCUAAGGCCACAAUCCAAUACUGAAUGAAGUGUGUUUUGGCCUGUUGAAAUCAAUGAAGUUAAGCACCCUUAACUAGGAAGGCAAAACAGCAGUUCUUUAUAGGCAGGAUUGGCUGGUAUGGUCAAUGUGUCUUUUCUGUUUCAGAACCACAGCAAUGGAUGCCCUACAAGUUGCAAACACUGCAUUUGCGGUUGACAUUUUAAAGAAACUGGCCGAAAAGGACAAAACUGCUAAUAUUAUUUUCGCUCCCCUUUGCACUUCAACUUCACUGGCUCUUGCAUACAAAGCUGCCAAGGGUGACACAGCCAGCCAAAUGAAACAGGUAGGUUUUCGCUUCCAACUUGGAUGUAGAAUAACGCAGCACAUACAUUUAAAGAACAUUCAAAGGACAUUCCCUCCCCCAAGAAUCAUGGGAACUGUAGUUUUUCAAAGGGUAGUUCUGUGAGGACUAAACUAGAAUUCCAGAAUUCUCUCUGUGUGUGCAAAAUGUGCUUGUGUGUUAUAUUUAAAAACGUACAUUUCCCCCUUAAUAACAUGAGACUACACACACACACACACACACACACACACACACACACAAAUGGCCUAAGGUUGCACUAGAUAUUUGCUUGUAAACAUAUUUGGGGUUAAGGAGGGAGUUUGGAGAACCUAAAAAGUUAUCUUAAAUAUCACCUACCAUAUUUUUCGCUCUAUAAGACGCACCAGACCACAAGACGCACCUAGUUUUUGGAGGAGAAAAACAAGAAAAAAAUAUAUUCUGAAUCUCAGAAGCCAGAACAGCAAGAGGGAUCGCUGCGCAGUGAAAGCAGCAAUCCCUCUUGCUGUUCUGGCUUCUGGGAUAGCUGUGCAGCCUGCAUUCGCACCAUAAGACGCACACACAUUUCCCCUUACUUUUUAGGAGGGAAAAAGUGAGUCUUAUAGAGCAAAAAAUACAGUAUGUUGUUGUUGCUGUUUAUAGUAUUUGUUUUCCUCCUCCUCCACUGCUGUUGUGGCGGCGCCAUUUCUUCCUACUGUCCCAGGCAGAGUGAACCCAACCAAUCAGGAAUCAUAUGCGAUGAGAUCAUAAUGCCCUGUAGCCAGGAGCAAAGCAUAAACUUUGCUCUAAAUGAGUGUUGGGGAGGGAGCCUUGCUGCAAAGGAGUUCAUCUCUAUUCUCAAUUCCCCUGCAGUUGUUUGCAAAAUACAGCUGGUACUUGUAAGUUUCCUCCUAAGUGGCAAAUAGCAGCUGGGGGCGGUGUGAUUUUCAUCAGGAAAAUGCAGCACCAGCCUAAGACGUUUUGCCGCCCGAGGCAAAGGGCAACAUAAUGCCUCCCCCAUUCCACCUGCAGAAGUCAGUGAGACAGACAGUGCUGCCAAUGGGACAGCAUUGUCCCACAUACCUGAAUGUGGGCUAGCUUAGAGAGCGCAGGGCAGGCUGUGUGAUACACACACAAGUUCCUCAGUAUCGCUUACCCAAGGCAGCUGCCACACUCUGCCUAAUGAUAGGGCCAGCCCUGGGAAUAUAGGUGCUAACUUGAACAAAAAAUUUUGGGGGGGCCUCCCCGAUUGCUGGACCCUCUCCCCCCUCUACACUUCUGCACACCUUCCUCUGCCACGGACAACUGAGAGCCAGUCUCCCCUUCCCUCCACCAGUCCACUUCUUGCCCCCACCUGCGUGUAAGAAGUUUCUAUGCACACUGCAUUAUGUGUUACAAGAUAUUUGAAACAAUUGUGUUGACAGAUCAGUACUUUCAGAAAUGCAUAAUUUAAGCAAUGUUAAAAUCUAAACUAAUUUCUUAACAGGGCCUACAUUUAGAAGAUGUCAAAGAUGUUCCUUUCGGAUUCCAAACAAUAACAACGGAUGCUGCCAAACUUAGUUCUUUUUAUCCUCUGAAAAUGGUCAAGCGACUCUUUGUAGAAAAAUCCCUUAACCCCACUAUGGUAAGCUGCUAAGAAAUUCUAGCUGUUUCUGUCUGGGUCAACUGGUUGACUAUGGUGGUUUAAAUCUCACUGUAAAUAGUGUUUCUACAUGGCGGCAUUAAUGCAAUAAUAAUAAUAAUAAUAAUAAUAAUAAUAAUAAUAAUAAUAAUACCUGCACUUUAUUCAAACACAUUCUGUACUUUUUUCUUUGCCAAUGAUUAAUAGGAAAACCUCUGACCUUCCAGCUGAAAAUUUAUAGUCAAUUACCCUUCCAGUUAGAUUACAUUCCAAAUUGUCUCAGUGUCCUUAGCAUUCCUUUGAAAAUAACGGAGAACAGGGUUGGUUUCAUUCUAUGUUCCAACAUAGUCCUUUCAAGGGGUGAAACUUCCCACCCUUUCUCUCUCUCUCCAUUCCAUUCCUCUCACACAUGCAGUUCCAGUUUGAUGUUAAAUUUCAUGUUAUUAAUCCAGUUUCUUCCAACCUCACUUUUUAUAUUAUAUUUUAACCUUGCACUCUGAGGAGGGUGGCCGAAUGAUAAAUGUAGAAGAAAAACUUGGAAAAAACAACGGUGGGCUCCCCUUCCCCCCACCGUUCUGGCACCGAAUGGAACCUUAUCUCAAUUCCAACCUUUAAAUCCUUGUAUCCGAGAUGUUCUGCAGUCUGUUGUCUCUUCACUUCUACCACAAGCCCAAUUAGCAGGAUAUCCUCUGCUUCCAGGAAUGGGAUCGUGGGGGUCAUGGCAGUCGGAGUUCUCCAUGCGCCCACUGCCUUUGCCUGCCUUCGCAUUCUGUAGGGAAGCGAGUGCCCAGACCACAGGGCAAUCUGUGGGUGAAAGCCCAUUCCUCUCCCACCCAGAGAGGAAUUCAAAGAAUGCAUGUCCCCCCAUCAUUCUUUGUUUAUCUCCAUCUGUUUCUCCCAGACAAAUGAGACCUCCAUUCCUGGUGGAAACAGGAAGCCCUUACUUACAGAUUUUCAAUUCAAAUUCCUACCCUUAUUGGAGUGCAAUUAAUAAAUGGCCACUAGGCAUCCUACCCAGUCCGUGAUUUAAGCACAAAUAUGACAGCUUGUGCUAAUCCAAGAAUAUUUUCGAACUUCGAUUGGAGCCUAAUUUCCCGCUUUAUACUGUAAAUCAGCAUAUGAUCCUUGGAUGAAAGGCAACCAUUUUUUGAUGCACAGUUGCUGACACAUGGAUCCUUUUGGACCUGGAAGAAGGCAAAACGAGGGUGGAUCAGGGUGGGUGGGUGUGUAACUGGGCGUAAUGGGGGUGGAGUGGGGUAAGAAUGGGGGUAGGGCAUAAGGGGGUGUAGUGCAGUAUGCUUAUACACAGUCCACUGACACAAGUGGGGACUGGAAACAGAACUCCUGCAUGAAAUGGUUGCAGCUUGUAUAUAAAUUUAAUACCAUAAUAAAUAAAUAUAUCUUAUCUCCUGACUGGGGCUCAGCAGGGCAGAAUGGUGUGACAGAGUUACUGUUGCAUCCGAAAACAUGCUAUUUGCUCCAGCCUGCUCAGAAGGAGAGAAAGUGGUUCUUGAAUACAGUCCCCCCCCCCGUACCAUUUUUUUGUUAAGGGGGAUCGCCUUAAGUUGUACGUGCUUAUAUUGUACACUGGAUUAAAAUGCAUAAUGGGUGGAAUUCAACUUUGUGCUAUUAUGGUCUUUCCCUCAGCACAGGCAUUACAGCUUGCCACAUGGAGCAAGCCUCACUCUCAUCAGUGAUUGAAAAAAGCUUCACUUCCAGCAGAAGAAAAAUGGUUAUACAAAAUCCACUUUCUUGAAAUGGUGUCAGUGCCACUGGGCACAUCUGUUAGGAAGUUUGGUUCAGCAUUACACAUUAGAACUUAACUUGGCUCCUCGUGCCUUUCAGGAGUUUGUAAGUUCUGUGAAAAGACCCUUCCCAUCGGAAUUGGAACUAGUGGACUUCAAAGAGAAAACAGAAGACACCAGACUGCAAAUCAACAAAUCUGUUUCUGAUCUUACUGAUGGUAAGCGUAUCUUAACAGAGUGCUCUGUUCAAGAUCCUUAAACACAGAAGUGAACUCUCAGAGUGGAGCUUACCAUAGGUCAAAUUAUUAAAAUGGCACUUUCCACUUUGCCAGGGAUCUUCAGAGAAACUUCUCAUACCCUCCAACCUUUCUCCAACAAAAAUAGGGACGUCCUGUCCCAGAAUGAUAAUAAUAUAUAUAUUUUUAUUUAAACCCCACCCAUCUGACAACGUUGCCCCAGCCAUUCUGGGUGGCUUCCAACAUAUAUAAAAACUUAAUAAAACAUUAAACAUUAAAACACUUCACUAUACAGAGCUGCUUUCAGAUAUCUUAUAAAGGUUGUAAAGUUACUUAUCUGCUCGGCUUGGGGGGUCACAUAUCAUACCCUCCAACAUUUCUCCGAUGAAAAUAGGCAUGUUCUAAGGAAAAGUGGGACAUUCCAGGGUCAAAUCAGAAUUUGGGGUGGCUUCUGUAAAUCCAGGACUGUACUUUGGAAACAGGGACACUUGGAGGGUCUGACUUCUUUCCCAGCCUGCUUUGCUCCAUAUUUUAUUAAGCCCCAGCAAUGGCUCUUUCAUUGCCCCAUCAACGCACUUCCACCCUGAACUCCUUUUCUCCACAGCAUUCAGAAACCCUUGGCAGAUUGGAGCUCCUCACACAACUGCACCUCACACCUGGCCCUCUCACGAGGAUCUUCUUCCUGUUCCGACCCCUCUGCCUGUUGCUAGCUUGAUCCUUCCUUUCCUCUCCAUAAUAUAUGAGGGCCAGGUUUGUCCUUUUGCCCUCUUUGAUCAUUUUAAGCAGCAAAAGCACCCAAAAUCUGGCAGGACUGCAAAGAGGAAAAGCUCUCCUCCUGGGUCGCUGUGAUAAAAUUGCAGUUUAAAGUCCCCUAAUACAGUAAUCAGGGACGUGGGUGGCACUGUGGUUAAACCACAGAGCCUAGGACUUGACAAUCAGAAGGUUGGUGGUUCGAAUCCCCACGACGGGGUGAGCUCCCGUUGCUCGGUCCCUGCUCCUGCCAACCUAGCAGUUCGAAAGCACGUCAAAGUGCAAGUAGAUAAAUAGGUACCACUCCAGUGGGAAGGUAAACGGCGUUUCUGUGCGCUGCUCUGGUUCGCUACAAGUGGCUUAGUCAUGCUGGCCACAUGACCCGGAAACUGUACACCAGCUCCCUCGGCCAAUAAAACGAGAUGAGCGCUGCAACCCCAGAGUCGGCCACGACUGGACCUAAUGGUCAGGGGUCCCUUUACCUUUACCUAAUACAGUAAUAGGUCUGGUUGAUGGAAGGCCAUUGGGUACAUCCCAGAUGCAUGUAAGGAAAUUCUGUGAAUGCAGAGGCCAAGGAUACUAUAUUGCAUAGAAAUGUUUUAACUUUUUUUUUUAAAAAGCCAGCAAUUCCAAUCCUGACUCCAUUAGAGUUGAAGUAAAAUACCCCAGUAGUUUCAGUGAAGUUGUGUGAGCUGUUAGUACAUGUGGCCAUCAGUUCAUUUAACUCCCAACUGAUCUAUAACACCUCAUGCAGCUGAUGAAGUGAUCUCUACUUCAUGAUUGUUUCUUAAGCCGUAAUAUAUUUGUUAAAUCCUUAAGGUGCCUCAAGGCUCUGUUGUUGUUGCUGCAACAGACACAGGGCUCAUCCAGAUGACUAUUCAUUAAGCAUUUGUCCUGAUUUGCUUGCACAGAGCUUACAUGGAGGUUAGAUAUCUGUUCUUUAUUCUGAUUUGUUUGCAGGACAGUUAUAUGACAAUGAGCCUAAAUUCUGCAUUCAGCUUGUCUUCCCUUCUAUCACUUCUUUAUCCUGCACUUUUCAAUGCAUUUUCACCUUCCAAACCAUAAAAAAAUUCUGAUUAUUUUAAAAAGUGAAUUUGUUGCACUCUGGCAACAAAAUGCUCUAAUCUACUAAUUGCGCAAACCUAAAUUUACAAUAUGCACUUGGAUCUCUCUUGUAAUAUAGUUGACACCCUAACUUAGCUAUACCUCAGGAUUUUUAAAAAAAGAAAUCGAAUGAACACUUGGGGCUUGUUAAUUUGGAGAAAAUGUGAGUAUUGGGAGGCAUGACACACCUGAAUAAAAAUAUGCAUUUUGUGGAGAAUGUGGGUAGAAAGAAGUUGUUCUCCAUUUUACACAAUACUAAAACUCAGGUCACCCAAUGAAGCCGAUCACUGGAAGGUUCCGGACAGACAAAAGGAAGCACACCUUCCUUUUUACUCCAAAAGAAAACAGAUGUUUGAUAUUAGGUGUGUUUUCGCCAUACCUUGUACUGGCAGAGAGUAAUUAUGCUGUCGACAGGCAACCCUAAGGCUGUUCACUUGGAGCCUUAACCACUGCAUGAUAUUUUUGUAUUGAGUGCCCCCAUGUGGCAAGAACAUAGCAAUAACACUCAAACACCCUUUUUGUGGAGGUAAAUGAGGUACCUCACCCCUGAGGCCAUGUGUGUGCUUGUUUGCAAGCAAACACUGCAGACUAAACUAAAUGUGAUUUCAUUCAUCCAAUUAGUGAUUGCAUGAAUGGGCUCUUAAUUAUAAGUGUCAAUAGCAGGUGUCCUCUUAGGGCAAAAGUAUGAGUGCAUGCAUAUUUUUUCCUAAAAAGGCAAUUAACAGUCUGGAAACAGGCUUAUUCUCCUUCCCCUAGCUCUGCAAUCCUGAUCAAGUUUGCGCUCUCUCUCUCUCUCACACACACUUUAAAAAAAAAGAGAGAUGGAAGAUCUGAUUGUGGAUCCACCUUCCAUAGGCAACAUUUUCUGCAAGCAGUCAAUUUGCCUGUUUUAUGACAUGAAGUUGACACUUUAAGAAUCUAGUUCAGGGAAAGUCAAGAUAGUGUCCUCCAGAUGUUGUUGGACUACAACUCCCAUCAGCCCCAGCUAGAAUGGCCAAUGGUCAAGGAUGAUGGGAGCUGAAGUCCAGCAACAUCUGGAAGUCACCACGUUGGUUGUUCCUCAUCAAUUAUUCUGGAAAUUGUUGAACUGCAAUUAUCCUAAAGUGUUAACUUUGGCAGAAUGUACCUGUGACCCUGUACCUGUGACAUUUGGGGUGUGUGUGAAUACUGUUCUAAUGAAGUAUUAUUUCUAAUGCAUCUGCAGGUAAAAUGGAGAACAUUUUGAUUGAGGGGACUGUCAAUGACCAGACAAAGAUCCUCUUGAUAAAUGCUGCCUAUUUUGUGACCAACUGGAUGAAGAGAUUUCCUGAGGCGCAAACUAAGGAAUGUCCUUUUAGGAUAAACAAGGUAUGGAAGAAAGCAGUCCCCCCUUAAAAUAAUGAGAUAUCAUUUAUCAGAUAGAACCCGUAUUCAAAACAGAAAUUAAAUAUUACACGAAAGUCCCUGACUUCCUUAUGAGCUUUUAAAGCAGUCUUUGAUUCUAUCCACACCACCUAAUUCAAGCAGUGCUCUAUGGCAAAAUGUUCCCUUAGGCACUGUUUCACAGACAGACCAGUAUUAAGCAUACGGGCAACAUGAUUAGAAGACAUAGAGAUAUUUAUAAUGCAGUUAAAGCUGAUUGACCAUAAGAUGACUACUUAGCAUGUUGCAGUUGAUGGUGUAGCAGAGAGAUGUUUUGGGGUCAUGCCAAUUGAGCCGUAAUUUAUUUACAUAGAUACCAUGACUAAGUAACCACUUUUCCAUCAUCCAGUUGGUUAAUGAUUCUCCACCACCUCUCCUCCCUUCCAUUCUGAUCCUGGAUUCCUGGAAACAUAGGAAUUAACAUACUUGUUUGCAUGACAAUAACUGACCAGACAUUGGGAAGAGCAGGCUGGCAAAAUGAGCCAUUCAGCAGUGGAACAGGCUGUCUCAGAAGGGGGUGGACUCUUCUUCAUUAGAGGUUUUAAAACAUAGGGCAGAUGGCCCCCCCCAUUAGAGAUGCUGUACUAGUGGAGUGGCUACAUUGUCCCUUCCAACUCUAUGAUUUGAAAGACAAGUUUUUUGUUCACAAAGCAUCACAUUGCUUAAAGCUCUGUCAGAAAUCCCAGAAAGCCAGUGAGAGGUCUGUGUUCUUUAAAAGCAUUUCCACAAACCUUGACUUAAGCUGUACAGUGGUACCUUGGUUUACAACCGUUUUGGAUUACAACCACGUCAAACCCUGAAGUUUGUGUUCCUUUUUUUGGAUUACAUCCAAUUAUUUUUUUUUGAGGCCCCAUUGGCAAAAGCACACCUUAGGUUACAACCUGCUUUGGCUUACAACCAGACCUCUGGAACAGAUUAUGGUUGUAAACCAAGGUAUCACUGCAAUCCUAAAGUGUUGGUGGUAUAAAUUAUCGAGGUGGUUCUAACUGCCUCAUUUUUUUUAUCUUAAGGGACAAUGACUUUACCCCCCUUCCCCCUCCCAGUUGGAAGAAGUGGGAGGGAAAUGAGAACAAGGGUUUUAGACAUAUGAAAAGCAUAUCUAAAUUUUAUCCCAGUUGGGGGCGGAUCAGGAUAUCCUUUGGAUCCCAGCUGCAUCCUAGCACACUGCCCUUUUGACCUUACUGACAUUGGACUUCCUUCUUCAGCAUCAGAAAGGAUCACCUGAAAUAUCCUAUAGUCCCCAAGAUGCUCUCCUGACCUGCCCCCAACCCAGAAUACAAUUUAUAUAUUGAAUUGAGCGUUUCUCCAUCUCUCCCCUUGUUUCCAAUGUGAGAAGGAAAGGGCUAAAAAAUUAAUGCCCCCCCCCCGGCUGGAAAUGAAUGAAAUAAUGCAGACAGUCCCUUCAUCCUCAGUUGUGCCAUGCUGGUGAGAAACUGGCAGGGCAUUUGAAGGUGACCCAGAAACUACAACUAAUCCAGAAUGCGGCAGCUAGAUUGGUGACUGGGGGUGGCUGCCGAGACCACAUAACACCUGUCUUGAAAGACCUACAUUGGUUCCCAUUACGUUUCCAAGCACAAUUCAAAGUGUUGGUGCUGGCCUGUAAAGCCCUAAAUGGCCUCGGCCCAGUAUACCUGAAGGAGCGUCUCCACCCCCAUCGUUCUGCCCGGAUGCUGAGGUCCAGCACCAAGGGCCUUCUGGUGGUUCCCUCACUGCGAGAAGCAAAGCUACAGGGAACCAGGCAGAGGGCCUACUCGGUAGUGGUGCCCACCCUGUGGAAUGCCCUCCCAUCAGAUGUCAAAGAGAUAAACAACUACCUAACAUUUAGAAGACACCUGAAGUUUUUAAUGUGUGACAUUUUAAUGUAUUUUUCAUCUUUGUUGGAAGCCGCCCAGAGUGGCUGGGGAAACCCAGCCAGAUGGGCGGGGUACAAAUAAUAAAUAAAUAAAUAAAUAAAUAAAUAAAAACAACAACAACAACAACAACAACAACAACUAUUAUUACUGGGUGAGAGAGUUCGACAGCCAUCAUAAUUCCCACCACCUUAUGACUGCCCCCUAGGCCCCCUAUGGUUUAGGAUUGCACCAUUAAAGGGUUGUCUCAUAUGCAUUCACAUAGUUGAGCAGUAAUACAUUUUAUCUAGUGGUAAACCUUGCCUGGAAACUGUCUGAGAACUCAUUCUCCAGGCACAUUUCUAAUGCAGGAAGGCGAAUGUGAGCAUGCUCAACGGGGAUCCCCAUUGUGGGAUCAUCCACAAUGAGCGUUCAAGCAAAUUCGUUUUAAUUUUUUGUUCAUUCUUAACAGACGGAAACCAAGCCGGUGCAGAUGAUGAACCUGGAAGCUACGUUUUGCCUCGGUUAUGUAAACGAUUUAAAAGUCAAGAUUCUGGAGCUGCCCUGUCAUAACAAGCACAUGAGCAUGCUUAUCUUGCUGCCCAAAGACAUUGAGGAUGAUACCACUGGACUCGAACAGGUAGAAAACCCAUUUGAAAGCCCUCUUUGAUAGCUCAAGUAAGAUCUACACGUUGGUCACCCUCAUCCUUAAAUGCAUCAUAAUGGUCCAUUGAGAAGGGAGCAAAUACAUAUGUCUCCAAAUUGCCCUGGGUCAGGAUGCCCAGAGUCAUCCAGAACUGUCAGGGUUUGGAGUAUUGGGCAGGAAAGCUACAGGGGUCUGCUUCACCAGUGUGUUCCCUGCAGGGAAACCACUCGUUCCUGAUAUGCUUCAUUAGGGUUUUAAAAUCUCCAAUUAAAUAUUAGGGUGACAACUUGAAUAAAAUAUUUUGGGGAGGGCAGAUAAGCCCCGUCCUGCAUAAUCGAUCACAUGAUGCGGUGCACGCAUACCAUUUGAAUGGCAUUGUCCAUCAACUUUGGGGGGCAGCCCCCUCAAAUAUUUUAUUGGGAGGGUGAAGAAGAAGAAGAGUUUGGAUUCGAUAUCCUGCUUUAUCACUACCCGAAGGAGUCUCAAAGUGGCUAACAUUCUCCUUUCCCUCCCUCCCCCACAACAAACACUCUGUGAGGUGAGUGAGGCUGAGAGACUUCAAAGAAGUGUGACUGGCCCAAAGUCACCCAGCAGCUGCAUGUGGAGGAGCGGAGACGUGAACCCAAUUCCCCAGAUUAUGAGUCUACUGCUCUUAACCACUACACCACACUGGCUCUCUAGGGAGUUGGCUCCUGUGGUGGGUGGUCCCUGGGUUGGCCCACUACACAGGAAGUGGGGCCAUGCGCAUCUCUGGUAACUAGUGUUAUUCUUUUAGUGAUGCUAAAAUGUUGCACCAAUGCAACAGGUGACAAUUGCCAUCUCAAAGCGUAACAGAGAUUGUUCACAGGGACAGAAAGGUAUGUGGCCAGCAUUGCUCAGACCUGCUUAACUUGUGGCUUACCAAGCCAAAUGAACCCCUUCUGAAUAUUGUGCCUUUCCAGGUGUUUGACAACCCCGCUCUUUUUGCAGCCCCAACCAGCCAGCCAUACCAGGUUUCCUGAACCUCCCAUAAAUGGCUGAUGGGCUGCAUCCAACUUUGGAAGCCACAAGUUGUACAAGUCUGCCAUAGACUUUGAUGGCCAUCUGUCAUGGAUGCUUGAGCUGAGAUUCCUGCAUGAGAUUCCUUUGGGUCCCUUCCAACUCUUAUGAUUCUAUGAUUCUAACCAUAUCCUAAUUGCUUGGGGGUUGUGCCGGGUGGACAGCAUUGCAAGACAGAUUUAUGUUUGUACUCUUGCAUAAGAAACUGCUGUAGCAUCGUUGCACGUGGUUUCAGCUAUGUAUCUGUAAGACAUUAGACAGCUCUGUUGCAGUUUAUUGUGGCAACUAAUGGGCUGGCUGGCUAACAGAGCACUGUGACCACUGAUACUCUAAUUCAUUUGCUGUCUUGUCUUAUGUCUUUAGCUUGAGAAGGAACUCACCCCCGAGAAGCUAAUACAAUGGACAAAUCCAAGUGUGAUGGCAAACACGAAAGUCAACGUGUUUCUUCCCAAAUUCAAAGUGAAUGGGGAAUAUGAUUUCAAGCCAAUUUUAGAAAGUCUUGGCAUGACCAACAUGUUUGAUGAGAGUGCGUCAGAUUUUUCUGAAAUGUCAGAGACCAAAGGGGUAGUUUUGUCUCAGGUCAUCCACAAAGUCUCUCUGGAAGUCAUUGAAGAAGGGGCAGAGUCCCUAGACGUACCAGGGUACCGGAUCCUGCAACACAAAGAUGAAUUUAAGGCCGAUCAUCCAUUUUUCUUCUUCUUCCGGCACACCAAAACUCGCAAUAUUGUUUUUGCUGGCAGAUUCUGUUCUCCUUAAAUGGAAAAAAGCAAUUAACCAGAAGCCUGAUUUAUAUAUUUCUAUCACAACAAUUUUUUUGCAAACCUUUGAAAGCUGAGUAUGAAGUAUUGAAAAGGUAAUCUAAGUGGUUUCAUAUUUUGAGUAGGCUGUACAACUUACUUUCUACAUGAAGUUAUUACUCAAAGCAGAAUUGACAAUAUGCACUUUCCAGAGGCAGCAAUUAACAUAGCAUGUAACUUUGUAUUAUGUCUCCAAAAUAAUGUGGCUCAUUUCUUACUCAUCUACAGUAAUUAAUUACUUUUCUGGAAUUUUGGGCCUUGGGAAAUACUUGUAGCAUCUCCUCAGAUGUAAAAAAACCAACAACCUCUGGAAGUAAAAUACCAGUAUGUUACUGGAAUCAUUGACAUCUUAAGUUUAUAUGGCCUUUGAUUUGAUGCUGUUUUCUGCCUGUGGGGAAAGAAUUGUUCUAAAAUUGAAAUCCAGUUAUUAUUGUGGGAUUGAACCAAAUUCAAGUUGAAUACAGUAAAAAUGUAAGUUUUCAUCUUUUGUUAACUCCCUUCCUGCUACCUGUGUUUGGUCAUCAAGAUUACCUUAAAUCAUUCCAAAUAAAGCAUUGCAGAAACU